AGGUCCUGUAAGUGAAAGAAGAUGGGAUCUGGCUGCCUAAAAGUCACCAAGUACUUCCUCUUCCUCUUCAAUCUCCUGUUCCUUAUCCUGGGCGCUGUGAUCCUGGGUUUUGGAAUAUGGAUUCUGGCCGACAAAACCAGUUUCAUUGCAGUUCUACAGAUGUCAUCUCCCUCCCUGAAGACUGGUGCAUACAUCCUCAUCGGUGUUGGGGCUCUCACCAUGCUGAUGGGGUUCCUGGGCUGUCUUGGAGCAGUCAAUGAAAUCCGAUGUCUCUUGGGUCUGUACUUCACCUGCCUGAUGGUAAUCCUCAUAACUCAGGUUGCUGCUGGACUGGUCAUCUACUUCCAGAAAGAAACGCUGAAAGAAGAAUUGUCCCGCAUAGUUGGAAGUCUGAUUGAAAAUUAUGACCCUUUGAAUGAUGAGGAGAGGAACCUACAAGAUGCAUGGGACUAUGUGCAAACACAGAUAGCCUGCUGUGGAUGGACUGGAGCAAAGGACUGGGAAAAUAAUGCGAUUCUUAUCAACCAAAGCAUGACUGCGUAUCCCUGCUCCUGCUCCAAUAGCUCCAAGGACUUCCAGGUAGACAGCGGUUUCUGCAAUCUGGAUGUCCCUGUCAACGGCACUGCAACAUAUGCUGACUGGCCUGUCCAUGAGCAGGGAUGCAUGGAUGGUGUAGAGAAGUGGUUGAAGGACAACCUUGGUGUCAUUCUUGGGGUCUGCACCGGUGUUGCUGUUAUAGAGCUGCUGGGAAUGAUACUGUCCAUUUCACUCUGCAAGAAUAUACACAGUGAAGACUACACCAAAGUGCCCAAGUCUUGAGUUGGCUGACUCCAGAGCUACGGCACCACAGAGAAAGGAGAAACCAGAACAUUCCUGCCUCAUACCCAGACUGUCCAAGCAUUGACCAUUAUUCCUGUGACAUCCCAUUUCUGAUACCACUCUGCUAAGAACUGUUAGAGCUGCAAUACAGCCUGAUCUUUUGGCAAUAGGGCCAUCGGGCCACCUGCAUCCUGCCUCUGGAUUAUUUCUACUUCAAGAAGCAGAACUCAACUGUCUUGUAUCACAUGAGACGCUGAUUAACCUGAGGGGACAAUGCUUUUGCUGCCUGCUCCAUGUUAAACAACACUGUUCAUAUCUCCAUUCUACAACCCACUGGGCCUAACAUACAAUAAUUUCUCUUGCCCCUCCUCCUCUCACACAUCUUUCCUCCUACCCUCAGAAGUCCCAUCUCUUUGUCCCAUAAGCCAGGAUUGCUGUUGAGAUUCCAGUGCUUUGGUAGCUUCACCUACUUCACUGACUUGUGGUGGUAACUAGUCGUGCUUUAUAGGCCUUCUCCUCCUUUGCAGUUAACCUGAUUUGGCUACUACUGUGCAUCUUCCAGCCUAGGCUCUCAUCUGAAA